UGCUAAUUGGGCUGUCCUUGCGGCGAAGUAAUCAAUCGAUGUCACCUAUUCAGCCGCCGGCAAUUGCCAGUUUGGGCCAAAGGAGAUGACUCUCUGCUUACUCUUGAAUCUCCCGUUUCGUUCCUAUACCUCCGAGAUUCGGUCUCUCAGCAAUAAUUGCGUUAGCAAUAAUUCCCCUCUUCUCUGUCUCACUAAUCCGUCUUCUCUCCAACUCCAACCUUCGCGAGUCUCACCUCAAACCAAAGCGACUUCGGCAGCAAUGGAGGCUCAGCAAAGUACCACAACAAGCGGCUCAUCCCCACCGAUGAAGCUUCUGUUUGUGGAGAUGGGCGUUGGUUACGAUCAACAUGGGCAAGACAUUACGGCUGCGGCUAUGCGGGCAUGCAGGGAUGCCAUCUCUUCCAACUCGAUUCCGGCCUUCCGAAGAGGGUCCAUACCAGGUGUUACAUUCGAUCAGAUGAAACUACAGAUCAAGCUGGGAGUCCCUCAUUCUCUCCAGGAAUCCUUGGAUAUUGAGAGGGUCAAGUCCGUUUUUCCUUAUGGGAAAAUUGUCAAGUUUGAAGUUGUGGAUGGUGGACUUAUAUGCUCAAGUGGCGUUCUUGUGGAAGAAAUGGGAGACAAGAAUGAUGACUGCUACAUAGUGAAUGCUGCAGUAUAUGUUGGCUACUAGUUUCUUGUUUCCUCUGUUCUGUCCUCCAAUUGUUCGAAGUGUGGGUCCACCAGUGCCACGUGUUGAAGAUCAGCAUGUCCAUCCCUUUCCAGGCAUUUCCACCCUGGAUCGAGUCUAGCUUCAGCACGCGGCCAACGUUUUCCUUCGCCAAAUCUACAAGGUAUGGUGUACGGUAGAGAAGCAAAGUAACACCGUAGUCCUGCACGCAUAUAAUUUCGCCCUUCAUUCAAUUUCCACCCUCCAUUUUAAAUACUUCGGGAACAUACUUUUUUUUUUUUUAUAUGUUUACAUUGAACACACAAAAAGCAG